AUGACUCAGUACGGAUCACAUCCACGACAACGGCUUUGGGUACGGCCAGGCAGCAAACGUGGUGGCAAUUGGUUGAUUGUUAUUCAUGGCGGUGCCUGGCGCGAUCCAAAGCAGUCUGAGAAGAGCGGACAAUUCUGUGCCAAUAGUCUGGCGGCGCUAUUUGAAGGGGUUGCAAGCGUGACUUAUCGGCUGGCCCCCGAAUACAAGUUCCCAACCCAGCCAGAGGACGUUCGGGACGCCAUUGACUACUUGCACAAAGAGUAUGCAUUUGAAAAGAUAGUUUUAGCCGGUCACUCGGCCGGAGCUUACAUUUCAGGCGAGAUCACUGCUUGGGAUUGGUGUCCAGUUCCAGUGGCCCUUGUGGUCGGCAUUGAGGGCAUUUACAAUCUUCUGGAUUUACUCAAGGAAUACCCUGAUUACACGGACAUGAUUGCUGAUUGCUUUGGCCAUGCGCAUGAGACUAUGGUGAGGGCUGAUCCAGACUGGAGCUCGGUUCCACUGUGUGCGGUUCACAGCGUUGAAGACGAGCUUUUAACUCUGCGACAGCCCGAAUUGGUUAGCUCCGAGAUUAUAAAACUGCCGCACGGAAAACAUGACGAGGUCUUUGAGACAAUUGACUUGCUGCCUCGCGUCAGAGAGCGAAUUCUCAGUGCACUGUAA